AUGUACACGUUUCACAUCAUAACCUUAAACACACUCAGCACUGAUGCUGACAAGGGUAACAUCAGCGGCAAAGCACUGCUCGACAUCAGUGACGCUGACAGUCUGGGACAGAUCAGCGGUAUCACAUCCGGAAGCAAGGUAGGUGUUCAAGACAGCAGAGGUACCAUCGGCACAAGAGCCGGAGGCAAUGACGGCAGAGAAGGACAGAAUGGGGAAGUCCUCGAUGUUGACACAAGCUCCAGCGUAAGCGCUGGCAAGAUCAACGGUGGUGGUCGAGCAGUCAUCAUCAAAGUAGCCGGCGUAAGUGAUGGUGGGGUUGGCGAUGGUGGCCACGGCCAUGGAGGCGAUGAGGGCAAUGGUCUGGUCAUGUUCGUGAAGCAUAGCCUAGACUAA